CUGCAAACAUUACUGAGGAUCCUCUAAGGUGCCACAUUGUAACAAUGAUUCAUCUGACAGCUACCCCUUCAAGUGCACUUAUUGAUGAGCCAGUGCAUAUCCGAGCUACCGGCCUGUCUCCCUUUCAGAUAAUGAUUCUUCAGGCAUCACUGAAAGAUGAAAAGGGGAACCGGUUUCAUUCUCAAGCCUACUAUAAGGCCAAUGAAGUUAGUGAGGUAGACCUGGAGCAUGCCCCCUCACUGGGAGGUGACUACAUAGGAGUCCACCCUAUGGGUCUCUUCUGGUCGCUGAAACCUGAAAAAUUUUUAACGAAAUUGUUGAAAAGAGAUGUGAUGAAUAGCCCCUUCCUGGUCCAAAUAAAACUUUAUGAUUCAAAUUUACUAUUAACCGACAUCGCUACCACUGCUCCAAAAGUCAGCCUGACUUUGGAGAGGUGGUACAUAGCACUUGGUGUCAAACGGAUCCAAGUUCGAGAAGGCCACCUUCGGGGAGCCCUCUUUCUCCCUCCUGGAGAGGGCUGUUUCCCAGGGGUAAUUGACUUGUUUGGUGGUAUUGGUGGACUGAUUGAAUUCUGGGCCAGUCUCCUGGCCAGUCAUGCCUUUGUUGCCUUGGCCUUGGAUUACUUUAACUAUGAAGAUCUGCCUUCCCAACCAGAAAAGACAUAAUUAGAAUAUUUUGAGGAAGCUGUCAACUUUCUCCUGAGACAUCCUAAGGUCCUCGAUCCAGGCAUUGGGAUAGUUUCCAUAAGCAAAGGCGCAGAGAUUGGACUCUCCAUGGCUACUCACCUAAAACAAGUCAAAGCCACCGUGCUUAUUAAUGGGCCCAACUUCGCAUUUAGCAUUCCACAGGUAUAUCGUGGUCAGAUAAGUCAGCCCUUGCCCUUCUCUCCACAAUUGCUAUCCAUCAACGCCUUAGGGUUAGCAGAGUUCCAGCACAGCUUUGAGGAAGCUAGAAGUGAAGCUAGUGAGACUUCUCUUCUCCCGAUUGAAAAGGCCCAGGGACAUUUCCUUUUCAUUGUGGGAGAAGAUGAUAAGAAUAUCAACAGCAAAGCAUAUGCUAAGCAAGCCACAGAACAGUUGAGAAGAUAUGGGAAGAACAGCUGGACCCUGCUAUCUUACCCUGGGGCGGGCCACCUGUUAGAGCCUCCCUAUUCCCCAAGAUGCUGUGCCUCAAAGAUCUCCAAUCUCCACCUAUUUAUGCACUGGGGUGGAGAGGUGACCCCACACGUCGCUGCCCAGGAGCAUUCUUGGAAGGAGAUACAGAAGUUUCUCAGGAAGCACCUUGUUCCAGUUGUGACCAGUCAACUCUGAGAAGAAAAGAUAUUCCUGAGAAACAGAGAAGCAAUACCAGACCUUCACUUGAUUUUCAUGAACAACAUCUUUGAUUUCUUACUGUGGGAGGUUAUACUAAGAGAAAGCAGGAGGGUGACAGUGGUCAUGUCUUGACUCUGGAAAGGGAAAAUGGUUUCCAUUUAAUCAAUAUCAUACAUGGAGAGUUUUAUAUUUUUAAAAAUUAAGUUUAGGGCUCUACCUGCCCUAAAAUAUUCUGGUUUAUUAUUAUAGCAAUUGUUUGGUGGGAAAAAAAAACGACCAAAAUGAAUGACAGAAUCUCCUGGUUUAUAAAACAGACAUGAGUAGAAUCAGGUGCUGAUAUUUGUUGACUUCUUAAAACUCAAAUGAAAUAUGUUUAGAUUUCUCAUAUUUGAAAAUAUGCUCAUGGUUCAUGGUUACUUCAUUUUCAUUGAAAAACUAGAGCUGGGUAAACGAAUUUAUUACUUUAAGGCAAUAUGGAAAUGGAUACGGAGGUAACGUGACUGAGUCAGCCUACAAUCGAUAAUUCAACAAAUGCUAAUAAAAGAAAAUAAAGUAAUAUUUGUGUUGAAACAUACAGCAUUUUGAGAAAAACAAUCUGAGAUUCACAGAAUUGCACUUUGGGGAGGAGCCCUGCUGGUGUGGUUUGUGUGCCUUCGGGCUGGCAGACUGUUUCUGUAAAGUUCUACAUAGCAAAUAUUUUCAGCUUUGUGGGCCAUGAAGUCUCUGUCACUGUUGUUGAGUUCUGCCAUUCCAGCACAAAAGCAGUAUAGAUAGGCCAUAAUGAACGAUCGUGGCUUUGUUCCAAUUAAACUUUAUUUAUGGACACUGAUAUUUGCAUUUCAUAUAAUUUUUACAUGUCACAGAAUAGUAAUUUUCUUUUAAUUUUUUUCUAAGCAUUGACCAAUGUAAAAGCCAUUCUCAGCUUAUGGGCAGCAGAAAAACAGGUUGUUGGCUGGAUUUAGCUCACAGGGCAUAGUUUGAUGACCCUGGGUGUAAACAAUCCAAAUUACCUUGUCCAAGGUCAGAUAUGACGCAUUUUCUCUAAGGGGCACGUCACAGCCCACAUAUUCCUGAGCUACUGAAUUGCAGUGGAUGGAAGUGGAAGGUGAGUGGGAGAUAAGUGAAGGUGAACCAGUAAAAAAGGGUUUUGAAUGAUUUCGUAGGUGUGGUGGGGAAGCCAGUGAGGAAUGAGAGUGAUAGAAGUAAUAGGAAGACACUUCAUGGUAUCUGCCUAAACUUUUUCCUUUCAUCUGCUUUCUGAUGCUCCCUCUGUUUAGAGUAAAAUCAUUCCAUUCAGGAUGAGUGAGGCUACUAGCCUCCCUCCUUUCUCACUCAGACAAGUUUUCACAUUUUCCAGACCUAGUCAAUCAGACCACGUCACUCCUUUGACACUAAUAAUCAUGUAACUGCAAUGGCUAAUACUACCUAUGCUUUAUGCUACAUAGUAACUGUGUAGGUUAGAUGCCAUAUCAUUAGUUAUAUACGCCAUAUGCUAUAUAAUAGUUAUAGUGAGUUUAAUGGGUAAAAUUAUUUUUGUUUCCUGUUUUGGACUUUAGGAAGAAUGCCUAUGUUUAUGAGAUAUGAUGUUUGUGUUUGGUCUGAUAUAUAUCCCUUGGUUUACAUUUUGUGGAUUUUCAGAACCAAGAAGGUUUUGAAUUUUUUUUUCAUAUAUUCUUUUCCCCACCACUACUACUAUAGAGGUUGGCAGGAAUGCAGAUCAAAUAACCAUUCUUGGCCAGCUUCUCUAAAUAUAACUGGUCUGAUCUCCAGGCACUGACCUCUUUUUUUUUUUAAAGAUUUUAUUUAUUUAUUUGACAGAGAGAGA